UUUUCUUUUAAUCUGAUAAAAAAUUUAUCUUUCUUUAUUCCUUUAUGCCACGCAAUAAUAUACCCAAUUUAUUAGACGGAAAAAUAUUAACAGGUGUUUUACCACCUGAUAAACAGCCUCCACCUCAAAAUUUUUUAUCAAAAUAUAGUCAGCCUAUAUUAGUUGACAUAGAAUCUUGCAUAGAUGACCCUUCAUUAGCUCCAUUAGGCAUUCAUGUCAAGAAAGGGAAAAAAAUAAAAAAGAAUACAAGUAUUACGUCUAAAGAAGGGCAAGUACAGAUUACAGAUUCCAGAAAACAUGAACAAAGAAGACUUUCUUUAAGUAGAACAUCAAGCAAUACUGUUAUGCUAAGAAGAAGAGGAUUAGAAACCAGUCAGUUAGCCGAAGAAUUAAAUAAUUUACUUUUACCUUCGUUAAAUUCUUUCUUAAAACUACCUUACCAUAAUCAGUAUACAACUAUUUUAGAACUCGAUAUUUCAAGAAAUCGUUUAGAUAGUUUACCGUCUCAAAUAAGUGAACUCAUUCAUUUACGAAUCUUAAAUGCUACCUCAAAUCAAAUUACCGAGAUACCUUCAGAACUCUUUGCUUUAAAGGAAUUAGAGGUUCUAUCACUUUCACAAAAUCAAAUCACAUUUAUCCCUGAAGACAUGCCCCGUCUUUUACCUAAUCUAGUGACUUUUCGUAUUGCAGCUAAUUUGAUCGAGAGCCUACCUAAGCGAUUAAACUACUGGCAAAAGUUACGCCAUUUGCAGCUCGGUUCUGUUUAUGGAGGAAACAAAUUAAUUCAACUUCCUGAUAGUCUCACAGAGAUGCCUGUGCUCGAAGAACUUGAUGUCUCUUAUAAUCAACUCCGAAGAUUACCACCUGACCUACACUUGUUACAAAGCCUACAAAUCUUAAACGCCUCUCAUAACCAAUUAGAAUGCAUUCCUAAAUCCAUUACAAGGUGUUAUCAAUUAAGGUCGCUCAAUCUAUCUCAAAAUCACUUAACAACUUUGCCAGCUGAUUUAAUGCAUCUUCAGCGACUUGAAUUAUUGGAUAUCAGCGAGAAUCUUUUGUGUAUUAUGCCUGCUGAAAUAUUAGAAAGAAUGCAGUCAACAACCUUAUUAAUCACAGGUAAUCCUCUUACAAGGCCGGGACAUUGCGAUCAACAAUCAGUAGAUAGUGGAGAUGCUUAUUCUCGUAUUUUAAGACAAAUGAUGCAACGUGGUGUUCCUCGUUCUUCUUCUUCUGGAGCAUCAUCACCCAUUCUUCAUUCACCUUCUGUUGCUCGAUCAUCCACUUUCAUAAACAAGAAAGCAUCUAAACAAGAAGAAUGUGGCCCUUAUGGUAUGGGCUGUUUAUUACCUGAAUCUUCUUCUGCUUCUUCUUCUUCUUCUUCUUCAGCAGCAGCAGCAGAAAUAGCAGCGUCAACUUCUCAUUCCCCAUAUGAUGAUGAAGAUGCCACAAUUGAUAAAGAACUUGCUUUUCAUGCUCAACAAUUAAACAUUAAUAAAUCUCAAUCCAUCCUUUCUAGUUCAUCUUAUCCAACAUUAGCAGGUUUAACAGCAACGCAUUCAAGAUCAAAAUUUGUACAAGAUCAUUCAACCCAUAAUAACUCUUGUGUUCUAGUUGAUUUCCCACACGAUUCACCUUAUCUACCAAGCGAAACAGCUCUUUUACUUUCCUUACGAGAAAUAGCCACACGAACCAUCUUGCAACAAAAUUUAAUAAAGAAAAUACCAUUUGAAUUACUUCCGUAUCAUUUAUCACAGGAUAUUAUGGGAGGAGGGCAUAAGAAGAUAUGCUCAUAUUGCUCAGGUCCCUUUGUAAAUGAAUGGGUCACAUCAGUACAGAUCAAAAGUUAUGGAGGUCAUCCAGCAGUUGUACGACGUGUAAGGUUUUGUUCAACGCGAUGUUGGACUCAAUGUUUACCAAAAGAGCAGUCCAAGUCUGUUAUUUGUGUUCAUCACUGAAGUCUCCCCCCCUUUUUUCUUCUUCUUCUUCUUUUCUUUUGUAGAUACCCUUUCUUUAUACUGUUACAUAAAUAAAGUUAUAACUAUUAUAAUGUUUAUAUA